AUGGCUGCAUGGAACUGGUUAUCAACAGGUUGGAGCUGGUUAGUAACACUGUGCCGUACUAAUACAAGAACCAGAACCGUCUCGCGAUUACCAUCGUCAGAUAUAACAUGUGACACAUUACUCGAAUCGAAUUGUGAAACACUACGAUCGACGAUUAAUUCCGAUAGCGUUUAUGAUCUUCAGGAUAUUCUAAGUCGAGGAAAUAGAUUAGAGUGGUGUGAAUGGUAUUUGACUUUUGGUGAAAAAGAUAAUCUCAUAAAAGGAGCCAAACAAUUUCAUCAGGAAAUAGAAAAAUCAAACUUAUCUUGGAGUAUAGCUGAUAGAAUAGAUACGAUAGAGGAAACGUUUUUAAACUUCAUGCCCACUGACAAUGAAUGGAAUAAGAUUAGAAAAUGUUUCCAAGAAGCUCGUCAGAAAGAUAGUCCGUUACCAAUCAUCAAGGCUUACACCUGUAGUCUCAAAUUCAGUCUUUGUGUAAAUCAACAUUUAGCUGCAAACACGUAUCAUAUACUAAAACUCUACUGUACAUUAUUCAACUGUCCAAUUUUGGCUCAAACACAAGAGUAUACAGAAGCUUUUACCAGUCUUCUUUUUCAUCCCAAAUUAGAUGAAUUCAUUGUUCGAAAUAGAACAGUUUAUCGUGGUAUAGUUCUUAAGGAUCAGAAACGUAUAGCUAAUUAUAAGGAAGGUGCUACAAUAAUAACAACAACAUUUUUAUCAACAUCGACAGAUCCUAUCGUAGCGGAGUUAUUUUGUACAGUUCAUCCUGAAGACAUGAUAUCAAUAUCAAUAUUUUGCACGUAUAAUAUUAAUAAUACUCGUCGUCGUACAGCGCUUGAUUUGGAAAAAAUAAGCAAUUUUGGAAACGAGCGGGAAAUAUUAAUCUUACGCUAUAUACCAUUUACAAUUAAAUCACUUGAACGAACGAACGAUGGUCGAAGAAUAACGAUAUGCUUUGAUGAAUGUGAACAAUAG